AUGUCGCUCGAAGCCCCCCUAACAGUGCUCUAUAAAGAGAUCAAUGGCAGCAAGAUCACCACAGAUAUCUACCUCCCGAAGACUACCUCGUCAUCGCCGCUGAAGUAUCCUGUCGUAAUCGAUAUUCAUGGCGGUGCUUUCAUGCUCGGCCAUUCCAAAAUGGUCUCUAUGCCCCAAAUAAACGACUGCCUGGAGCGCGGAUGGAUCGUCCUUGUUCCGAAUCACCGACUUUGUCCUGGUGUGAAUUUGCUGGAGGGUCCUAUGCAGGAUAUCCGCGAUUUACUCACUUGGGUCUACGAUGGACACCUCGAUGCGGUUUUGGCGGAGCAGGGUCCUCACCGUGUUGACGUGGAGAAUGUUGCUGCCUUUGGAACUUCGUCUGGUGGGCAUUUAGCUCUGGGCUUGGGCUUCAACACACCUAAGCAACCCAAGGCUAUCUUCUCCUUGUACGGCGCUGUGCACUUUACGCAUCCAUUCUGGAAAGAGAAGCUCCCCCAUGUUGCAGCUAAACUUCCGCCUAACCUUGAAGAGUCCUUCCUAAACAAAAUUUACGACGAGGUUCCGGUUCCCACAGAUAGUUCCGUCUCCCUAGAAGGACAAAGCGAGUCCGGCGCCUCGAAAGGCCCGAACUUCUCGCAACCCCGUGACGCCUUUGCCUUCACGCAGAUCUCCUCUGGCAAUGUCAUUUCUGUUAUCUAUCCCCCUGGUGAACCUGGUGGCUCUGAUGAAGGAUAUAAACUGGUCGACCCGGUGCAAAAUGUUUCGGCUGAAUUCCCGCCUACGUACAUCGUGCACGGACUUGCGGAUACCAUGGUUACUAUCGAUGUGAGUCGGGAGCUGCAUAAGCGUCUAUCUGAGGCCGGGGUUCCUUGUGGAAUGACCGAGGUCCCCGGAGAGGAACAUACAUUUGCGAUGAUGAUGAAGGUCGGAUCCAAGACUUGGUGGUUACAGCGGGAAGGAUUUGAUUUCUUGGAGAAAUAUAUUGGAAAGGGGCCGCUCUAG